AGGAUAAAGAAUCUUCAUGCCCAGAUUAUAGAGAAAGAUGCUAUGAUCAAGGUGCUUCACCAGCGCUCCAAGAAGGAGCCCAUCAAGUCAGGUGCGCAAUCUGCUAUGAGGCCCUCCAAGUCCCUGAUGUCCAUUUCGAACUCCGGUGGUUCAGGACUGCUCUCUCAAAGCCUCGGCCUCAGUAGCUCGCCGAUCACUGAAGAACGCAAGGACACCAGCUGGAAGGGCAGCCUAGGGGUUUUGCUUGGUUCUGAGUUUCGGACAGAGUCCAUCAGGACUGAGUCAAUCUCUUCAUCCCCUUCACCAGUGCUUCCUUCCACCCCAAUGAAUGCAGGCCAUUCGAAGACAGGCAGCAGGGACAGCUGCACACAGACAGACAAAGGACAAAGUCAGGACAAUAGCAAACCCAGCACGCCCGCCGCGCAGAGCAUGACUCUGCCUGCUCGUCUGUCCAGCCCAAGCCCAGUCUACAUCCCCGACCGCCUGGCAGGUCAGCUCAAACUGUUUGUCAGACAUGUCUGUAUAAUCUGGGAGAUGUUUUAG